AAAAUAUAUUCCUUUGAUUGUCAUUUGUUUUUUUUUUUUACCAUAACUCGUGACCAGGUUCUCUAACUACCUUUCUUACCAAGACAAGGAGCAAUGAAUCCAGGAGGAGCAUUUGCGUUGAAUCCCCAUGCAACAUCAUACGUACCACUCUAUAAAAGAGUUGAUCAUCAUCAUGAUAUGGACGGUUUGCUGUUUGCCAACCCCACAACACAAGAUUUAAGUUUUGAAGGCGUUCAAGUGUCGAUGCCCAAGAUUUCAUCUGAAGUGGCGUACAAGCUGAUAAGGGAUGACGAUUUUGACAUGGAGAUGGAGAUUGACAUGGAUAUUGAAUACCUUCUUGUUACAUUCUCUGGUCUCUCUCAAGAGUCUAUUAAUGAUGUUUAUCUUGCGAAUAGCGGUGAUCUUGAAGCAACCAUUGAGAUGCUCAAUCAGCUUGAGAUAUAUAGCAAUGAAGCUCAAGAAAACCUCCCAGAGACUCUGGAUAUUGGGGAUAUGUGUGAAUCAGGGCCUUCAACUUCAAAAUGCUCAACACAAAAGAAGGUAGCUAUUGAAGUCGCUGCAUCAUCAUCAUCGGUUAUCCCCAGUGCACCUGUAUCGGCCUGAUUUGAUGAAUCAUUGGUUGUGAAGUUUAUUUUAUUUUAUUCUUUGUAUGAACAACACACCCAUAAUAAGUACAGUGAAUGGGGGUUGUGGU